GCAGAGAUCAGAGCGAGACUUGCCAUCCGGCAUCACAAGAUGAUGUGAAAAAUGCCAUGUAUUUUUCAGUAGGGGGUGGAGGGAAACGCAAAGGCAAAAGCAAAAAGUGGAAGGAAAUAUUGAAAUUCCCUCAUAUUAGCCAGUGUGAAGAUCUCCGAAGAACAAUAGAGAGAGAUUACUGCAGCAUAUGUGAAAAGCAGCCGAUCGGAAGGCUUCUCUUUCGGCAGUUCUGUGAAACUCGACCCGAGCUUGAGUGCUGCAUUAAGUUUCUUGACUCAGUGGCAGAAUAUGAAAUUGCUCCAGAUGAAAAGCUGGGAGAGAAAGGAAAGGAAAUCAUGAUGAAAUACCUCACCCCGGAGUCUCCAGCCUGCGUUCCUGAAGUCAGUCAAGAUCUUAUCCAACAGACAGAGGAGAAACUCGAAAACAGCCCCUGCAAAGAGCUAUUUUCUCACUGUACAAAAUCUGUCCUUGAGCACCUCAGCGGGGAACCAUUCCAAGAAUACCUAAACAGCAUGUACUUUGACAGGUUUCUUCAGUGGAAAUGGUUGGAAAGGCAACCAGUAACGAAAAACACGUUUCGGCAGUACAGGGUACUGGGGAAAGGCGGCUUUGGGGAGGUCUGUGCUUGCCAAGUCCGAGCGACAGGGAAGAUGUACGCCUGCAAGAGAUUAGAGAAGAAGAGAAUAAAAAAGAGGAAAGGCGAAUCCAUGGCACUAAAUGAAAAGCAGAUUUUAGAAAAAGUCAAUAGUCAGUUUGUAGUCAAUUUAGCCUAUGCCUAUGAAACAAAGGAUGCACUGUGUUUAGUUCUGACCAUAAUGAAUGGAGGUGACCUGAAGUUUCACAUCUACAACAUGGGAAACCCAGGCUUUGAGGAGGAAAGAGCUUUGUUUUAUGCAGCAGAGAUUCUUUGUGGCUUAGAAGACCUACAUAGAGAAAAUACUGUCUACAGAGAUUUGAAGCCAGAGAAUAUCCUGCUAGAUGAUUAUGGCCAUAUUAGAAUAUCUGAUUUGGGUCUAGCUGUUAAAAUCCCUGAGGGUGAAUCAAUCCGUGGAAGAGUAGGAACAGUAGGGUACAUGGCUCCAGAAGUGUUGAACAACCAGAGAUACACACUCAGCCCUGACUACUGGGGGCUAGGCUGUCUCAUUUAUGAAAUGAUUGCUGGGCAAUCACCAUUUCGUGGAAGGAAGGAGAAGGUGAAGAGGGAAGAAGUGGACAGAAGAGUGCUGGAGACUGAAGAGGUGUAUUCCCAUAAGUUUUCUGAGGAGGCCAAGUCCAUCUGUAAAAUG